AUGGAUAAAGGAGAAAUGGAAACAGAGUUGUGUAAGAGGUUAUUCCUCUGUUUCCAAAUACCGUUAACCACUGCUUGUGUCACCAGUUUUCGGAGUACCGAUGGUGAGCUGUUGCUGUUUCCACAGGUCCAUGUGAGGAGAUCUGUCCAUGAGGUGAAGCUUGGACGAUUAGUGCCUAUCCUUGCCAAGACCUCUAGCCAAAUAGUAGAGCUGAAAUCGCAAGACAACAUUAGAUGGUCUCUGGAUUCAGUUUCGGAUGAGCACAAGACACACAAAGGAGAUACUUGCAAGCCCCAAGAGACCAAUCUUGAUCUAACUGGCAGGCGAUCAAGAGUGGUAAUCCACAUAGUAAAGUUCACAGGCGAUUACGAGACAGAAAUACAAUUGAACUACUUGAAAACCGAAUAG